ACAUUUUGAGAAAGUAUGAGUCUUAAAUGGAUUGUACUAUUUUGAGAUAUUGAUAACAACUAUCUUAACAUUUUGCAUUGAUUCCUAGAUGGUUCACUAGUGGAUAAUUGAAAAAGAUUAAUUAAAUACUACUUUUCUUUUCGUGACCUACAACAGACAACAUUGCAUUUUGGGAAAGAUUGAAGCGUUGUCACGUGAUUUCUUUGUGUGCCGUACUCGCGUGUGAGUCAGAACCCUGUCACCAAAUAACACGAAAUUAUCUUUAUGUUUUGGUAAAUUUAUAUAAGAUUUCAACACCAAACUCUCCAGUUAAUUCGGAGAGUCAUUAGUGAGUGUGGAUGUAUCGGACUUAGAAAUGCAACAGUGAAAUUUUAGCAUUCCAAGCGUUUUUUUCGUGCAGGCAGUGUUCGUGGGGUUGUAAUGGCAGUGGUUGGACAUAGACACGCGAGGCAUAUCAUGGCUUUUCAAGGAGGGGCACCGCCCGCUCCAUCUCAGCAUGCAAUCCUAACAGCAGCAGUAGCUGUCCCAUACUUUCAGGUUGUGCCUCCUCAAGAUGUACAACCCGACCGGCCAAUCGGUUAUGGGGCUUUUGGUGUUGUAUGGUCAGUGACGGAUCCAAGAGAUGGAAAGCGAGUAGCCCUGAAGAAAAUGCCAAGUGUGUUCCAGAAUUUAGUCUCCUCCAAAAGAGUAUUCCGUGAACUGAGAAUGCUUUGUCACUUCAAACACGACAAUGUAUUAUCAGCACUGGACAUUCUACAACCACCUCACAUAGAUUUCUUCCAUGAAGUAUAUGUGUUGACAGAAUUAAUGCAAAGUGACCUGCAUAAAAUCAUCGUAUCACCUCAACCUCUCACAUCAGACCACGUCAAAGUCUUUCUAUAUCAAAUACUCAGAGGAUUAAAAUACCUUCACUCAGCCCGGGUAUUACAUCGAGAUAUUAAACCAGGCAAUCUACUAGUCAAUAGUAACUGUGUUUUAAAGAUCUGUGAUUUUGGGCUGGCUCGGAUAGAAGAACCAGAUGAAAACAUUCAUAUGACUCAGGAAGUUGUUACACAAUAUUAUCGUGCUCCCGAACUUUUAAUGGGGGCCAAACAUUAUAGUUAUAGUGUUGAUGUUUGGUCUGUGGGAUGUAUAUUCGCAGAAUUAUUGGGACGAAGAAUACUCUUUCAAGCUCAAAGUCCAAUUCAGCAGCUUGACCUCAUAACAGAUCUCCUAGGAACACCGAGUGAGUCAGCGAUGAGGACGUCGUGUGAAGGAGCACGAGCUCACAUCAAACGUAUGGCACACAAACAACCCUCAUUAGCAGCUUUAUACACACUCUCAAAUCAGGCCACACAUGAAGCUGUUCAUCUACUGUGUAGAAUGCUGGUAUUUGAUCCAGAAAAGAGAAUAAACGCGACGGAUGCAUUAGCUCACCCGUACCUUGACGAAGGGAGGUUACGAUAUCAUGCGUGUAUGUGUAAGUGUUGUUACAGUACAAACUCAGGGAGGAGAUAUACCUCAGACUUUGAACCCACAUGUUCCCAGCCUUUUAGUUAUGGAUUUGAAGACAGUCUCACAUCUUGUCAUCGAGUCAAAGAAAAGUUACACAAGUUUAUAUUAGAACAACAGAAGAAUAAUGAAGUUCCACUUUGUCUCAAUCCAAACUCUAUAUCAUUUAAAACAUUUGCAAGUUCAUCAGUAGCACAGCCAGCAGAGCUUCCACCUUCUCCCCAUGCGUGGGAAUAAAACUGACCAAUCAUCUCAUUCCAACACACAUUCAUGCAGAGCAAUGACCAAUCAAAACACACCUUUGUUCUGACCAGGAUACAGAGGGAACCAGUCUAAAGUUUUGUUUCUAGUGGGAGUAUGAGCAAAUUAUUUCGUAAAAAAGAGAAAAGACAGGAGCCAUAGAUGAAUUGAGUUAGAUGACAGUAAAUCGCAUGAAUGUUGAUAGAAAAUAUCAUACAGACUGAAAAUCAAAAUUAAAGAUGGAAAAUAACUAUCGAGAACAGUAUGAGCAUGAUGAGCUUUCUAAUGAGUUUGUGAGGAUUAGGAGUUGGGAAAUAUAGUCAUCAUAUAGACGAUGUUUGAUGUAAAUUAUGAGUCACUAGCUGGAACUAGAAUGAUAUUGUGAUAAUUUUAUGUCACUCAAACUUGCCAACGUGCAGUUUUUAGAUGCUUUAUUUAUUAUUGAGCAAAAAAUUGUUCUUUGCUGGAUUAGUAUAUUUGUCCAUUUCUGUGGAUUUCAGCAUUGACAUAAGCAUUUCUUACUUUUCUUAUCUAAUUACAAGAGAAUAUUUUGAUAUUAGAAUGUUCUAUAUCUAUGUGAUUAGAAGGAAAGCUUUUGGACAAUUAUUUAUUUAUUUAUGGAUUUUUUUUGUCAAAAAAACAAAGAACUGUCAUUAAUCAUGUAAAGUUGAUUGACUCCUAGUAAAUGUAUUCAUCAUUGAAUAGCAAUAUAAUCUUAGAAAUUUCAUUCUUCAUAUUAUUCUUCAGUGUAAAGAAAAAAAUUUGAAUAAAACCUGUUGACUUCUAGGUAGGCUUUUUCCUCCUACUAAUGACACGUAGAAAGGUGUGAAACAAAAACCUGUAUAUUAUGUUACCUCUGUGGGCUGGUCAGACACUAAGUUAUCUCUGUAUGGAUGUGUAGUUUUGGUGCUCACUUUUAUAACUGUGUACAUAUUUUAAUGUAAAUUGUAAAAAGGAAAUCUUAAUACUGUGAAACAGUUUUAUUUAUAUCAUGUAAACAGUCAAUUUACAAAUACUAUGGAAUGAUUUUAGACUCGCUUUUGUAUAUGGGCAAGAACAAACUAAAUGACAAUAUAAUUUCCAAAUUCAAUAUUAAUAUUUCACAUUAUAUGUGAAACACCUUAAAAACAAAUCUUGUUUAAUAUGACAGAUAGUCUGAUUUUUUUUCUUUGACAGAAGCAAGAGAAGUGUUAGUAUUUCUUACUUUGUAAAAUUAAAAAUUUUAAUAUUUGGUCACCAUGACAAUUGAUCAGCAAUAAACCCAGUGCCUUGGAUGUCCUUCUGGAUGUCCUUAAUUCCAGGAAUCUUGUUUCCAUAGUAUUUGUAAAUUAAUUGUUAUGUUUUUUUUUUCUUCAUAUUAAAAUCAUGUAAAACAAAUUACCAUGUAGAGAAUCAUGUCAACUUAGUUGUCACCAUUAUAUGAAGAUCUGAAGUCACAAACAUUUACAAGAUUGAUUUAAAUUUGUCAUAUUUUAAUUGAUUUAACAUAGAUAUUUAUUAAGAAGAUAUCAAUAUUUUAAAUUUGCAAUAACAAAGAUUGUUUUACAUGAGAAAAACUGCCAAAGCAUAGUUGCACUUUAUAAGGGUACAUUGUCAAAAAAUCAAGUAAUGUCAAACUAAAAGGGUAGAACAAGUAAUAGUUAUCCUAGCAACAGGGUCUCAAAUUUAUCUAAAACUAUUUUCAGAUAUAUUUUUAUAAAUUCCAUGAAACUUUUUCUUUCAUUACUUUUUUUUUUUAAAGUUUUUAGAAUGAAGAUAUCUCUUAAAUCCAGUUUCCACUGAAUUCAUUUUCUUGUUACAUUUUUAAGUAAAAAUUAAGAUUUAAAGACUAUCUACAAUUUCAUGACCUUCACAAAUUUAGUGACCUUCAGUAUUUUCACGACCUUUAUUAUUUCCAUGAAUUUAAAUAAGGAAAUCAAAAAUUUAGAAUUUUUUUAAUUGAAAAAAUCGCUAGAACUAGAUGCAUUAUGUAUUUUGCAUUCUAAAUGUAAGAGCUAUAUAAUUAUACUGGAAAAGUCAAAUUUAAAAUUGGUAUAUUUGUGAUGCAUUCUAUAGAAAUUCAGAUCUCUAAGUACCUAGCCAUGUCCUUAUUAGUAUUGAUCUCACUAUAGUAUAAAGUGAUGAAUGUUUGCACUUUAUUAGCUGAAUGUGUCAGUAUAAAUGCCUGUACCAGUAAUGACUCAAUCUAGAGUCCGUAUUUUUGAAAUCAUUUUACAUAUCUAUGUGUUUAUACUAUGUGCUGCCAAAUUCACUUUUUUAUUCCAUUGUUAUCUCCCCUUCUAGUAAGUUUACUUCCUGUCUGAUUCAAUGUUUUUUUCUUGCUUUAUAGCUUAAUGUAGGUAGCAGACAUUUUUGGAAAGAUUUUCUCUUUAAAAAGCUUAAAUUUUUUGGCUUAAUUAAUGAAAAAUGGUUAUUUUAAGCAUCUCUACAAAUUUAGAAGCCUUUUGGAGGUUUGAUUUCAGUUUGUGACACAACUGGAAUUAUAAGUUAGCAGUCUUUGAAAAUAUUCUGUCAGUUUGUGACACAAUAGGCCAGACCAGUUAGCAGUCUUUGAAGGUUUCUUUCAGUUUGUUACUCAAAUGCCUUGUCAAGUUAUCAGCCUUUGAAGGUUUCUCUCAGUUUGUGACUCGAAUGCCUUGUCAAUUUAAUAGCAUUUGAAGGUUUUCUAUCAGUUUUUUCAACAGUUUAAACAAAAAAUGUUGGAAAGUUUAUUAUGAUAUUUUUGACCUUUUUUCAGGAAUAAACAGGCACACCAAACACAUCUAAUUUUUUACAAAGUCCAGAAAUGAUAAUUGUAUUAUGUUAAACUUCUCAGGGACCCAUGUAUAUAUACAAAACAGUGAAAUGUUGGCUGUGUCAAUUAUAUUUAUUAACAAAAAGUAGAUACAUUUCAAGUUGUAAAUGUUCAUUUGUGAUUGUAAAUGCUUCAUUUAUUCAAUGUAGAAUGACUUCCUCAAAGCAACAUUGUAAUGCAGGGAGUCUGCUUUCAAGUCACAUUGGAGAAAUUGUAUGUUGCAAGUUUGAAAUUUCAAAAUCAAGAGUUUAACUCACAUUGUUGUGUGAACUUUAUAUGUUUUAUAUUAGAAACUUGAAUGUAAGUUUCAAUCAGAUUAAAUGAAAAAAAAUGUGUCAGGUUUUGUGUAUAGUUUAUAUUGAUGUACGUUUCUGUUAGUGUGCACACACAUGUAUGUUUCUAUAUGAGUACACAUAUACACAUGUACAAAUGCAUGUUAUCCUUUUUUUACUAUUUUACUAGAGAACUGACCAGAUUUUAGAAGCUUACUGGACCAAGUUAUAAAAUGGAUAUAAAGUUUUCCUUUUAUAUUUUAAUAUUAAAAAUUAUUUUGAAUGAUUGACUCAGAUAAUGAAUUUGAACUUUUACAAGAUAUUAAUUUUCAUUCCAAGUAUUUUUCUUAUUGUGUACAUAUGUGUAUUUUUUGUUUAUUUGCCAAAUGGAUUGUUAUAAAUGUAAACAAGCUUCUAGUACAAAGUGAAAGUAGAAAGUGAAAGUAGAUGUGUAACUUGUGAUAUUUCCAGAGUGUAUAUAAGUGGUUGAUAUUAAUGUGUAUUUGUGGUUCUUUAAAAUAAUAGUUUUUUACAUAAAUUUUAUAUAAUUUCUACCAUAUAAAAUGUACACUUUUUGAAUAUUUUUGUUGUAUUUUCCUACUUCCAGUAAAUUUUUGCUAGAUGCACCAAAUAAGCAUAUUUUGUUGUAUGUCGUCCUUUGAAAUUAAAAGCUGCCCUCAAAACUAGUCGUUAAUACAUUGUAGUUGAAUAUGUGUGUUUUUUGUGUUAAUUUUUUGGUUCAGAUAUUAUGGUGCUGAUUCAAGGUCAAAGGUCAAAACAAUUUUAAACCAGUUAAAUAUGCUUAAUAUGUGCAAAACUGGGGUUGCUUUAAAUCAUGAAUUUCUUUUUGUUUGUUUGUUUUUUUUGCUUUAACAAUAUGUGAUAGUGUAAAGUUACAUCAAUGUAUGUGAAGACUUUAAAAAUAAAUUGUCAUGAUUACAUCACGAAAUUUUCAGAGGAAAUUUUUUGUACACAAGGACAACCUUUAUAGAAGUUAUUUGUCAUGUACAUCAAAACAAUAUCAGAGGAAAUUAUUUGUCAUUGUACAUCAGGACAAUAUUAAAAGAUUGUUGUUGUCAUGUUGACAGCAGUCAAUAGAAUAUUUAAAAUAUAUUUUGUCAUGUUGAUAUUAGAACGAUGAAAAGUAAAAUAUUUUGUCAUGUUAACAACAGUUUGAUAAGAGAUAAAA